GACAGGCACGGGGCUGGUGACUUCAUCCAGGCGAGAGAGGCGGGGCUUCGGCCGGUGGGCGGGAGGUUGCCAACGGUUUUGAGCGUAGGGAAGGGCGCGAGAGCGGGGGGUCUUGGUCUUCCUGGACCAGGACUCAGGGGUUGGGGGCAAUACCUUGUCCCCACCUUGGCAAAUUGGGGGGCUGAGGACUGCAAAUGUGGAGAGUCAUCGGAACGGGGUGGUCGGGGUGGAGGAUCUCAGUCUAGGCUUGAGGGCGGCGUGCUUUUUAGGGCCGUCUGAGGGCGUGGCUGAGUGUUCACAAGGUUUCUUAGGGGUUGGUAGGGAGUCUAGGGAGGUUUUGCUAUGGCUUUCUUCCAGGAGGGGUCGGAGGGGAUAUACAAGAGAGUUGACGCUAGGUAGGAGGGGGUGUGGGGAGGUGGGGAACGUGAGCUUCCUGCCUCUCUGAGACUGGAGCCAGUUGAGGGGCACAUAAAGCAGCUGGACGGAGGUUAGGCCCCUAUUGGAUUUGAAUACGUUUCAGUUAGCACGUUCUGAGUGUGAGAACUGCUCAUAGUUGACUAGUGAUAGCCUGUGCUAGAAGUUGGUCUGCAGCUUUCAGCACUCCAGAGGAAUUGCAGUGGUGCUGUUGCCCGCAGUUGGUCUUCUGUGCCCAGCCCGUCCUUGCGGCACCCUUCUUUUCCACUGUUCCCAGGAGCUGUGGAAAGAAAUGCUUUUGCCUUCUCCCAUGGCCUCUGGAACCAGUGGAAACCUUUUCUCUAACCAGAAAGCCUCCAUACCCUUAUUCACCAAGAAUCCUUGGCUUGGAGUCUUCCUCCUUUCUCCGAAAUCUUCCUUCUCCAUGUACUUUUUCUCCUGGGCUCUCCUAAAGCAGAACCAGGAAUUCCCAGCUCUGUUGUUUCCAGUUGUCUCUUCCCUGUACUCAUGGCAACAUCAGCUACCAGCCCCAGUUCACCUCUCCGGGAGGAAGAUCUCCUGAGUGAUUCAUCAGAAGCUCCUAGGCUGAACCAGGUGUCCUCUGAGGUGACCUCCCAGCUCUAUGCUUCUUUGCACCUCAGUCGUCAGGCGGAGGCCACAGCCCGAGCCCAGCUGUAUUUACCCUCCACCUCCCCACCUCUAGACGGCUUGGCCCAAGAGCUGAGUCACAGCUUGUCAGUUGGAUUGGAGAACAACUUGAAGAAAAAGGAUGGUUCCAGGCAUAUCUUUGAGAUGGAAAGUGUCCGGGGUCAGCUCCAGAGCAUGCUCCAAACCUCACGUGAAACAGCCUAUCGGGAUCCCCUUACCCCAGGUGCUGGCUCAGAGAGACGGGAAGAGGACUCCUUUGACAGUGACAGCACAGCCACCUUGCUUAACACCCGGCCCCUGCAAGACUUGUCUCCGUCUAGCUCAGCCCAAGCCCUGGAGGAGUUGUUUCCCCGCUACACCAGCCUUCGGCCAGGGCCCCCACUCAAUCCCCCGGAUUUUCAGGGCCUGAGAGAUGCACUGGAUUCAGAGCAUACCCGUCGCAAGCACUGUGAGCGCCAUAUUCAGAGCCUGCAGACUCGAGUGCUAGAGCUACAGCAACAGUUAGCUGUGGCUGUGACUGCUGACCGCAAGAAAGAUAUCAUGAUCGAACAACUGGACAAGACCCUGGCCCGAGUGGUGGAGGGCUGGAACCGGCAUGAAGCUGAACGGACAGAGGUGCUUCGGGGACUCCAGGAGGAGCGCCAGGCAGCUGAACUCACUAGAAGCAAACAGCAAGAGACGGUAACCCGCCUGGAACAAAGCCUUUCUGAGGCCAUGGAGGCCCUGAAUCGUGAACAGGAAGGUGCCAGACUGCAGCAACGGGAAAGAGAGACGCUGGAAGAGGAAAGGCAAGCUCUGACCCUGAGCUUGGAGCUAGAACAGCAACGGUGCCGGGCCCUGCAGGAAGAACGGGAUGAGGCUCGGGCUGGGCAACGCAGCGAGCAUCGCCAGUUGGAGACACUUCAGGUUGCCCUAGAAGAAGAACGGCAGGCCCGGGCCCAGCAAGAGCACCAGCUUAAGGAACGCUACCAGGCGCUGCAGGAGGAGGGCCAGGCUCAGCUGGAACGGGAGAAGGGGAACACCCAGAGGGAGGCCCAGGCAGCCCAGGAGGCCCAGCAACAGUUGGCAUUGGUGCAGUCUGAGGUGCGGCGGUUGGAAGGAGAGCUGGAUACAGCUCGGAGAGAGAGAGAUGCCCUGCAGCUGGAAAUGAGCUUGGUGCAGGCCCGGUAUGAAAGCCAGCGGAUCCAGAUGGAAUCUGAGCUGGCUAUGCAGCUAGAGCAGCGGGUGACAGAGCAGCUGGCACAGGCUCAGGAGAGCAGCCUGCGGCAAGCAGCCUCCCUGAGGGAACAUCACAGGAAGCAGCUGCAGGACCUAAAUGAAGAGCACCAGCAGGAGUUGUCCACUCACUUGGCUCAGUUCAAGGUGGAAAUGGCAGAACGAGAGGAAAGGCAGCAGCAGGUGGCUCAGGACUAUGAGCUCAGACUGGCCCGGGAGCACGCGCGCGUGCGGGAACUGCAGAGCAGGAGCCGGCAGCUGGAGGAACAGCAGCUGGAGCUGGUCGAGCGGCUCCAAGCCAUGCUGCAGGCCCACUGGGAGGAGGCAAACCAGCUGCUCAGCACCACCACCCUGCCUCCUAACCCCCCAGUUCCUACCACCAGCCCCUCCAGCCCUGGGCCUCAGGAACCAGAGAAGGGGGAGAGGAGGAUCCGGGCUGUGCCUCCCGUGGCUGUGGCCCUGAAGCCUGUAUUGCAGCAGAGCCGGGAAGCAAGGGACGAGCUGCCUGGAGUGCCGCCUGUUCUCUGCAGCUCUUCCCCAGAUCUUAGCCUUCUGCUGGGCCCCACUUUCCAGAGCCAACAUUCCUUCCAGCCCCUGGAGCCAAAGCCAGAUCUUACUUCAUCCUCAGUUGGGGGCUUCCAUCCCGAUCACAGGGCAGAACGGCCAUUCCCUGACGAAGAUCCUGGAUCUGAUGGGGAUGGCUUCCUAAAGCAAGGGCUGCCACCUCCUUCUCAGCUGGAGGGCCUCAAGCAUUUUUUGCACCAACUGCUGGAGACAGUACCCCAGAACAACGAGAACUCAUCUGUUGACCUGUUGCCCCCUAAGUCUGGUCCUCUGACUGUUCCAUCUUGGGAGGAAGCCCCUCAAGUGCCACGCCUGCCACCCCCUGUCCAUAAAACUAAAGUGCCCUUAGCCAUGGCAUCUAGUCUUUUCCGGGUCCAUGAACUUCCCUCAACCCAUUCACAGAGCACUGGUCCAAGUGGUGGCUCCCCAGAGAGAGGUGGAGAUGGGCUCGCAUCCUCGAGGCAGCUGAUGGAGGUGUCUCAGCUAUUACGACUAUACCAAGCUCGGGGCUGGGGGGCACUGCCUGCUGAGGAUCUGCUGCUCUACCUGAAGAGGCUGGAACACAGCAGGGCUGACAGCCAAGGCGAUAAUGUCCCCAGAAGGAAUACAGACUCCCGCUUGGGUGAAAUCCCUCGGAAAGAGAUUCCCUCCCAGGCUCUCCCUCGCCGCCUUGCUACAGCCCCUAAGACUGAAAAACCUCCAGCACGCAAGAAGAGUGGGCACCCUGCCCCUAGUAGCGUGAGGAGUCGGGGGGGAGUCUGGAGAUGAGCAACUUGCCCUUUCUCCUCUUCUUUCUU